AUGCGAUCGCAAGACCGGAACAUGAGAAAGCCGACGCUGCGCCAUCGGGAGGAUCGCCGGGAGAUUCGACGGGAGGGCCGACGGGAGGAGCAGCAAGAAGGAGAAGAGCCCUCCACCCCGAUGUCGCCCCUCAAUCGUGGGCUCGUCAACCCGUUCCGGUACAAGGACCACGAGCUGCCGGUGAGGAAGCCCGGCCCCACCAACGAUCCGCCUCCUCCCAAGAAGACGACCACCCCGCCGAUCCCGCCAGCCCCUUCCACUCCAGCGCCUCCUGCCGACGACCCGGAACCGCCUCGCCUCCAGAAGUCGGUGGAAGAGACGAUCCGCCUCGACCGAUGGUUCCUCACCCGCUUCUCGAUCGAUAACCCGUAUGAGGGGUUGCAGCAAGAGUUCACCUCCCUCCAACGGGACCCGUGGAUGGAGGACACGGUCGACGACAGCCCCUUCUUGGAGCAACAGAUUGGCGACGAGAACGUCAAGCAGUACAAGUGCUACGGCCAGUACGUCCCGAGCAUCUACCGUACUCCCGGCUUCAUCGCUUGCGAGGGCCCGAACGGGAAGUCCGUGUUCGACUUUUGGAUGCUCAUCUACCGCGAGAAAAUCGAGCGCAUCUUCAGCGUCAACUUCCCGUUCGAAGAGCGGCUUCACCACGACGGUGACCCGGUAGACAAGCCGGUGGUGAAGGAGACGGUGCAGUACUGGCCGAUGGUCCCUGGAGCUGUCUUCUAUUUCAUGCCCUUCAAGAUUACCUGCAUCACCAGCGUCCUCAAGUACGCGCCGAACGUGCUGUCGCACGACAACUCGAACGUCGUCUACCGGGUCUCGCGGCUGAUGGUCGAGAUGGACAACCCGAUGAAGAUGACCACCGAGGGGAUGUCGGAGGAAGAGCCCAAUGACUCCUCUUGGCACGAAGAGCUGGCCCCGCAGAAUAACCCGAACGGUGAAAAACACGAGGUGACCCACGUGUGCUACCUGCGAUGGCCGGACGGACGGGUGCCAAUGCCGUGGCCACAGGGGAGAGAUACGUACAAGGAUGCUGGAUGUCGACUUGUGGAUAUCAUGCUGGAGGAGCUCUCCUCCGAGUCCGAAACCCCGAUCGUCAUCCACUGCCACGCGGGCAUCGGCCGUACCGGGGUGGCCAUUGCCCUUCUCAUGGCCCUCGAGCAGUUCCACGAGACCAAGGGCACCAACAUCAAGGGCCUCGUCACCUAUCUGCGCUGCUACCGCCCGCGUUCCGUGAUGAACCACUGGCAGUACGCGUACAUCAACGUGCUCUUCGCGCAGAAGCUCCUUCGCGCUGGCCACAUCUCGGAGACGAUUGGCGGGCACAAGUCGCAAGAUCUCUUGGACAAGGUCUGGGACCAGAUGGAGGCCAUCAUCGAUCGCGUCAACGCCAAGUACGACAGCUUCCUGACCUACUUCUACGAGAUCGGCGUCAAGGUG